AAAAAAAAAUCAUAGGGUUGAUUUGGAAAUUCGAGUAUAAAGGAAGCUGCAGCUUCUCGACCGGAAGUCAGUCCUAUCUGCGUGUCCUUUGGGCGAGCAGCCAAACUCAAUUGAUAAAAAGGAUAUCUUCAAGUUAUCUCAAGGAUCUUGGUAUACUCUGCACCUGGGAUACUUGUAUUAAAAACAGGUCAAGCAGAUUGAAACCCAGCCAGAAGAUGGUCUAUGACAUGACCCAUAUGACGGCCGGACCGCCUCAAAGUAUUUCUCUGAGUCGCUAUUACCUGCCCGAUGAGGAUGAGAUGGUGGGGCCAAAUAAUCCGCAUUUGGUUAGCGAAGAUUAUGCCGCCAGUACGACAUUGGAUAUUGAUAAGCGUUUCCAGGCGAGAAUGGCCUGUGAAACGGCUGCCCAACCGGCACCGCCGCCACCGCCCACACCGGCACCAAGACGUCGGACAACGCCCAUUGCCCAUCUGGAUCCAUCGGAAUUGGUGGGCUUGUCGCGUGAGGAGAGACGUCGCCGGAGAAGGGCUACUCUUAAAUAUCGAACAGCCCAUGCAACAAGGGAAAGGAUACGUGUUGAGGCCUUCAAUGUCUCCUUUGCUGAGUUGCGUAAAUUGUUGCCCACUUUGCCGCCAGAUAAGAAACUGUCCAAGAUCGAGAUCCUUAAGCUGGCCAUCUGUUACAUUGCUUAUUUAAAUCAUGUGCUGGAGACGCCCUGAGACAGCGCCGGCGCCUCCAGCUUCGCCACCAGUUGCCUCUUCAACGAGGCCAAUUUCUUCGCUCCCCCGUAGGAGGUGGGGGAGCGGUAAUACUCUUGGUUCACAGGGCGUGGCUAGGCUAGGCUAGGAAGCCAUCUGAAAGUUAUCUAAAGCCAAGCAAAGCCAAAAUGCUCGUCUAACUACAAGUUUAACCAGAGGUUAGUGAACUGAAUUUGCAGGAAAGGAUUCAUUGACUUAACUAAUCUGUAAACUGCAAUGCAUAGCCAACUUAUGGUUAUAAUUUAUAACAAAUAGUUAUGGUUGUUCUUCAAAAGUCGGCUGAAGAAACACAUAUACAUAUAUAGUUUUUUCCUAUAAUCUAUAUUUCUAUUAUUUAACCGCUGGAUGGUAAAACUAAAAAGUUAUUGUUAAAAAACCAACUGGAUUCGUGUAUGUGGGGUUUAAAUAUUUGUUUUUGUUCCUAAUUUUGUUUUCCAAACUUAAAAACGCUUAACCAAAGGUUUAAUUUUCUUAAGAUGUCCAAAGAUUGUAAAGAUUUUCCAUCUUUCUGUUAAGCUAAACACAUUCUGAACAGAAAUUUGGUAUCUGAUUUAGUUUAAUGUAAAUUUAGUUCUUUAAUAUUACUUAACUUUGGCUUAAUCAGCACUAACAGAGCCUAAGAGAUAAACUAACCAGAAGCUUAGUGUUAACUAUAUACUAACUAUAAUAUAGAAUAUCUUAAAACUCUACAGAUUUCAUGUAUCAUGUAUCAUAUAAAAGCAAAUAUUUUGAGAAGCUCAAAAAUAAAGCUUAGUCUAUAGGUUAUAGCCAAAUAAUCUUAAACCUUAAGACAAAUUUUUUUGCCUAGCUCUUAAGUCGUGAUAUUUGUUUAUAAACUCUAACUAAACUGUGU